GUGGACAAAAUCUACCAGAACCUAGGGCUGACGUGGCUCCUAUCUCAUGGCCAUGGCGAUGGCGAGCGCCUCAGCUGCGCGAACAACGUUUCUGGACGGCGGGGGGAGCUCUUCCUUCACGCAAAAGCUUGCAUUCCAUGAGAAUGGCCUGGGAUUGAGCGCUCCACGGCGGGGAGAAGGAGGUAUGAAUCGCAUCGUGCAUUGUCGAUUGAGAAGCUUGAGGCCAAAGACGCAAUGGCCAAUCAUCCCCGAGCAGCACAAAUGGAUGUACGAGGACAAGCCCGAGCUCCAAAAGGCAAUCUGGCACAAAUCCUACUAUCCCAAGGAGGCCGAUCAUCCCAACGUGAGCAAGAAGUGGUACAUUGUGGACGCGACCAACAUGAGACUUGGCCGCCUUGCUUCCACCAUCGCGUACUAUCUCCGCGGCAAGGAUUCGCCAAUGUUUACUCCCAGCCUGGACAUGGGAUCCUACAUGAUUGUGGUGAAUUCGGAGAAAGUCGGGGUGACGGGACGAAAGAGGACGGACAAGCUCUACCGGAGACACUCGGGAAGGCCGGGAGGUCUCAAGGAGGAAACCUUCGACCAUCUCCAGAAGCGAAUACCCGAGAGGAUCGUCGAGCACGCGGUGCGAGGCAUGCUUCCGAAGAACCGGCUGGGACGGGCGAUGUUCAGGAAGCUCAAGGUGUUUAAAGGCGGAGACCAUCCCCACGGAGCGCAAAAGCCAGAGCCACUGCCGAUCAAGGAUAAGAGAAUCAUGCUGGACAUGGAGCCUCAGUUCUAGGCUCGUAACCUCUCCUCCCUUAUCUCCAGGAACACACCAACACAAAGUCCUACUGCUUGGCAAAGCCAUGGCUCUCAGCCGCCUCACCGGAGUUUUCUUCACUGGAUCAACUUUUGGUUUGUGUGUAUUCUCAGUAACCAUUUUCCUGGGCUUCUAGAAAGCUGGCGAAUUUAAAGCCUUGCAUCGCCGAUCGGCAUUAAAUUGUCUAGAAGAAUUUUCGAUUCUUUCUCUGGCAA